GCACCCCAACCGCAGUGCACGCUCCAUGAAGUAACUUCAGAGGCCAUGAGGCUGGCUCUGCCAUUGCUGCUACUGUUUGGGUGCAAGGCCACCCUGGGAAGCCUUGGGGACAGGCCUCCACUCUCAGCUACCGCUCCAGUGCUGGAUGAUGAGGAGAAGUACGCAUCUUAUAUGCCUGUUCACCUGCGCUGUGAUGCCUGCCGGGCUGUGGCCUACCAAAUGGGGCAACAUCUGGCAAAAGCAGAAGCUAAAUCUCACGGUCCAGACUCCAGUGGAUUGCAGGAGCUGAGCGAGUCGGCAUACACAGAUGUCCUGGACCGGACCUGCUCCCAGAACUGGCAGUCCUAUGGAGUUCAAGAAGUGAACCGGAUGAAACGUCUCAUGGGCCCAGGACUCAGCAAGGGGACAGAGCCUAGCAUCAGCGUAAUGAUUACUGGGGGUCCCUGGCCCAAUAGGCUCUCCACCACGUGUUUCCAGUACCUGGGAGAGUUUGGAGAAGAUCAGAUCUACGAAGCCUACCGCCAAGGCCAUGAGGCCCUGGAGGCCUUGCUGUGUGGUGGCCCUCAGGGUUCCUGCUCACUGGAGAACCCAAGAGAAGAACUUUAGUACAAGUGGUACACCUGCAGAUCUUCUCUCCCUAUAUAUAUAUAUAUUUUAAAUUAAUGGUUGCUUGGAGUCAGGGUCUCAUCAUAUAGCACAGGCUGGCCUUGAACUCGUCCUCCUGCCUCAGCCUUGGAAGCACUGCCACGACUCUCCUGAGCCUUUGGCCCUAUUCCUUCAGCAGUGGCGGCGGGGAGGGGGCAGGCCUUGUUGUCAGUCUUCUUCCUCCACCCCUUUUUGGGGCAAUGGGGGUUUCUACUUUCAAAUAAAGCUCA